GCUGUCAUGUUUCACUUCCGGAGCUUGCGAACAAAAUAGAAUCGCUAAGGCAAAGAAAACCCUGCGAGUGGCGAGUGUUUUAAGAUCACACUCACAAACAACAUCCAAAGUGGUUAGUGGCAGCUGAGAGUUGAGUGCCAGAGAACCCGACGAACAGCAGACGGGCAGACGGAUAACUAGUGUGCGGCACUCGCGACCACCACCAACAACAACAACAGCCUCGUUUUUCCCGCUUUUCCGUUAAGAACACCCAUAGCACACAUAACAACUGCGCCAGAACGAUGGCCGAUGCGGAGAGUAAGCCACUGAUCCCGGAGCAGCAGCCGGAGCAGCAGAAUCUGCAGGAGCAGGAGAUCGAGCAGGAGCUGCAGGAACUCGAUCAGGAGCUGCAGGGCAAGCCCGCUCCGCCGCCCAAGGAAGUCAUCGCCACCAAAGUCACCGGCACCGUCAAGUGGUUCAACGUGAAGAGCGGCUACGGCUUCAUCAACCGCAACGACACCAAAGAGGACGUCUUCGUGCACCAGAGCGCCAUUGCCCGGAACAACCCCAAGAAGGCGGUCCGCUCGGUGGGCGACGGUGAGGUCGUUGAGUUCGACGUGGUCAUUGGCGAGAAAGGAAACGAGGCGGCCAACGUGACCGGUCCGUCCGGCGAGCCUGUGCGGGGCAGCCAGUUUGCGGCAGACAAGCGCCGCAACUUCCGUCCCUGGAUGAAGAAGAACCGCCGCAAGGAUGGCGAAGAAGGCGAGGAGCUGGAGUCGCCGGCCCAACAGCAGCAGCAGCAGGCACCGCCGUCCGUUGACGGCCAGCAGCAGCAGCAGCUUCAGUCCGGCCCGCGUCAGCCCCGUCAGAACUUCCGCCGAGGCCCACCCGGUGGACCGCCCGGAGGACCUCGAGGUGGCCCCCGAGGACCACCCGGCGGAGCUCCCGGUGGCCCCCGGCGUUACAACAACUACUAUCCGCGCCAGCCGCGACGCGGUCUGGGCGGCGGUGAUGGCAGCAGCGCCGAGCCUGGCGUUCACGACCAGAAUCCCGAGGGACUGCAGCGAGGCGAGGGUCAGGGACCGCGUCGCGGUGGCGGCCCACCAGGCGGACCCCAGAGGCGCUUCUUCCGACGCAACUACAACAACGGACCACCGCCACCACGCCGCGAUGGCGGAGAGUACAUUCAAGGCCAGGGACCGCCACGCCCUCAACAGCCACGUCCACGUCGCCAGAAUAGGAAACCAAAUGGGCCUGGCGGUGGUUUGGAGCAGCAGCCACAGCAGAACGGCGCUCAAGAGCUGCAAAACACAACUACAGAGAGCACUGCAUAGAAAGGACCGUCGAACCGUCGUAAAACAUCAGCAGUACCAGUAGCAGCAGCAUAUAACAACAGUCGCAGCAGCAGCACAUCAACAUCCAGCAGCAAUUACUGCAAAAUGAAGCAACAACACCAGCGAAUAUUGCAGCACUUUGCCCAAUGAGCCGCCGCGUUUUUUCGGUUUGUUUGCUUUUUGUUUUGUUUCGGAGGGCAGCAGAACGAAUUGUAAAUCUAAUACAUCCAACAUCUAACAACAGCAACAUGAAAAUGUAUAUCAAAUUCAAAAAACCAAUUUCUAUCAUGACUGGCCGUCAAAAAUUGCAUAAAAAGUCGAAUUGUAUUCAUUGAACCACAACAAAAACAAAAAUAAAUUCAAAUACGCCCAGCAAUUUAGACAGCGCCGGUAUAUACCAUUUACCUUAAUGAUUAUUAACAAAAUUUUAUUUAUUCUUGAAACCCUUCUCGAACGUUGUUACGUUGUGCGUUAAGCGAACCCAUAACUCUAAGUUUCUCGUAUUAAAGAUCAACAUUAAACACGAAAACCCACACACACUCUUGUCCCAUUUAUACAUCAUCCUAAACCGAGAAAUUCAAGAAUCAGACGGAAGCAAGGCCCCACUUAAUGUAUCAAAAA